GUGAGGGAAAGAACCAUUCCAAAACAAAACAAUGUCGUGCCAUAAGAUAGAUGUUUACGUGAAGAUUCCAACAGGCAGAAAUGCCAAGUAUCUGAUGAUGUCGCACGAUACAAUAGAGAAACUGUGUGCAAAGAUUGCAGAAGAAGAAAAAGUCAAAGUCAAUCAAGUAAAAUUGAAAUACCAAGGAAAAAUUCUCAACGAGAAACAUUCGAUGUCAUACCUUGGAGUUCGUCCGGAAACAAUAUUAAAGGCCGAGAUCCUGGUGCCUCGUGAUAUAAAGUUGGUGGUUUCAUUGCCAAAAGGCCUAGGAGAGAAGACCAUAAACACAACCAAUUUGGAAACCGUCAGCUCUGUUAUUAACACAAUAGCAGAAGAGAUUGAAGAACACAGCUCUCGUAUAUCAUUAAAAUACGAUGGAAGAGAGGUCAGAGGUCAUACGCUGCUGGAAGCAGGACUUGCAGAUGGAUCUGCGCUGGAUGUGCAACUCAGGGAAGCAGAAAAGAAAGGUUCUCCCGAUGGGGCGACUACAGUGGACGAAUCGGAGGUUGAUAAUGCAGAUUUACAGGCUAUCAAGGACAGUUUUCAUGCUGGUGGUCGUCCAGUAGAAGUCGUUUUUUCCUUCGACACGACUGGCAGCAUGUACUCUUGUCUGCAAGAGGUACGAUCCAAACUUCGCGAGUGCUGCACGAGACUCAUACAAGACAUUCCCAGGAUUCGCAUCGGCGUCAUAGCUCAUGGUGACUAUUGUGACCAGAGCACUUACGUCAUCAAGAGCAUCGAUCUGACGUCAGACACGCAGGCGUUGGUGAACUUUGUAAUGGGCGCUCCCAGUACCAGCGGGGGGGAUACACCCGAGUGUUACGAGUGGGUGUUACGCAAAACGCAAAGUUUGGACUGGUCAGAGGAAGCAGCCAAGGCAUUGGUGGUCAUCGGUGACUGCUUGCCUCAUCCCAAAGGACACACCGACCAACAGGUCUUCUGGCGGGAUGAACUGGCUCUGCUGUCUGGAAUGGGGGUAAAGGUGUAUGGUGUACAAGCCCUCGAUCAGAGGGAGGCUGUUCCAUUUUAUCAGGAACUUGCCGAGGCUUCUGGAGGCCGGUACUUAAGACUCAGACAUUUUGACGUCAUCGUUGACAUGUUUUUGGCGGUAUGCUACCGGGAGGCAGACAACGACAACUUGCAGGCGUUUGUACAGGAAGUCGAAGAAGCCGGAAGAAUGACGUCAGAACGCCGGGAACUUUUUCGAGAGCUGGAGCGGCCUUCCAACGCUCAGUCCUCCGUCUUGAACAAUCAGCAGAGGUACGUUCAAGCAGAGUGGUGGGAUCCUUCCUUAGAAACCAGAGCAAACCCUGUUUACCAUUAUGACGCAGCACGCGACAAAUGGAUUCCUAUAGAAGUAUUUCGCGCGGAAACCAGAAGUGAAACUUUCCAUCACCCAGCGAUUCACUCGGUCAUCGAGCGGCCUCUCCACAGCUUCCAGCGCAAGACACGUCAUGGCAGCAAGCGAUGUGCGAUUAUGUAGUUUAUUGACUAAGAAUAACAAAUAAAUGUCAGUGGUGUAGGUUGUGUGGAUUACACAAGGGCAUAGGCACACACGAGUGCAAGAAGGACUUCACUGGUGUCUUGGAAUACGUUUAUUGAUUACUGCUCCCAUUACUUAAUGUACACAUGUGACGAAAAUGGUAGAAUUUUCUGUAUGUGUGUGAGUAUGCAAAAGCGUAUUUGAACUAAUAUAGUUAACUCAGUUUUACCCAAUACUGUAUACAUAGUGUAUAUAGUGGCGGGCGGGCCGGUCAGAGACAGGAGGCGGGCCGGAUCCUGCCCGCGGGCCGGCCUUUGCCCAGGUCGAUCUGGUUUAGACUGUCGUUCUAAUUUGUGAAACGCUUGCUUUUAACAACAGCUGAUGUCUAUAAAGGACAAUAAUUCCUAACCAGAAAUAUAUGACUAAGAACUUUUUUUAUUUUACUAUUCAAUAGUAUGUAAUGCUAUUUUUCCCGUUCGCGGUCGUUUUUGAUUUUGCCAUUCGCACUGGUAGAAUAGAACGUAUUGUCAUUUGCCAAUUAUCAUCCCCCAGUACAUUUUAUCCCUACAUAUCACAUCAAGACUAAAUGCGCAGCUGCUGUGUCAUGUUUAUUCACGUGAUAAUUUUUGCACUUUAAACCUUUACAUUUCGCGACUUUCGAAACAUUUCUUUGAUUUCCUUUUCUCCUCUCGUUGUUUCGCUACAUAAAAAUAUACUUUGAAUGAGAAUACUUGGUGCUUAUAAAGAAAUAAGGUGGGGUGGAAGUUGUGACACGGAACAAACAC